AUGACGUCAUCAGUUGCAGACAAGCCGGGCCGGUGCUGCUUCUUUCCACUGUCGUUCGACUUCGACCUCUUGUUUCCUCCCAUCACCUCGACACCUCAUGUCAUAACAGACCUCAAAGCGCUCCCGGAUGAAGCGACGAUCUUGAAAGCUGCGGCGCUGGAGGUGUUGGACGCGAAGGGCGAGAAAGUGAAGUUCGGGUCGAUUAUCGAGGGGCAGAAGACUGUUGUUGGCACUUCUUCUGUGGUGUACGAUUCUGCUCGUGUCUUUCACCUGACGUUACUCAAACUUUGCCCCCACCUGCCUCUCAUCGACCAGGCCUGCCAGGCUUAUGUCGAGCAGCUGGCGUCUGUCCCUCAAGACUCCCUUACCCAAGCCGGCACGAAGAUCGUCAUUAUUGGAUGCGGCGAGGCUGCCGCCAUCCUUCACUACACUGAAACGACGAAGUUCACCGGCGCGAUCUACGCCGAUCCAUCACGGGAGCUGUACCACGCACUCGGGAUGACGAUUGAGAACCUCCAGCGCACACCUGCUGGGGAAGAGAGGCCGAGCUACUUGCGCGGGAUGAGCCUUUUGGGGGGCACGUUGCGCUCUAUUUGGCGCGGACCUGUGAGAAAACCAACGCUCAUCGGCAAGCAGGGAAACAUCUCGCAGCUCGGAGGCGAAUUCAUCUUUGGACCUGGCAACAAAUGCUCCUUCGCGUCUCGCAUGAAGCAUACAGAAGACCAUAUCGAGGUGGCAGAUCUAAUGAAAGAAGCUGGCGUCGUUCUUCCUUAG